AUGGGCAUCUUUGCGAAGCGCACAAAAACGAAAACUCGGCGGCGUGUCCGCGACGUUGACCAGAUCAAGGCAGACCUUCAGUCUCCACGGCACCUCCAGCUGUACAAGGAGACCAAAGCCGCUGAAGACUUGCCAGGGUUUGGUCGUCAUUACUGUGUCGAGUGCGCCAAAUGGUUUGAGACGGAAUCGAGUCUCGUGCUUCACAGGAAGGGGAAGCCUCAUAAGAGGCGACUCAAGCAGCUGCGCGAGGGGCCCUACACGCAUGAAGAGGCGGCUGCUGCCAUCGGUUACCGGACGGACAAUGGGCCUGAGAAGCCCAAGAGUCAGGAUGUCGAAAUGUCGUGA